AUGCAGCACCUCAGCUGGAUCAGUAUUUUGUCCCUCUUGUUCUGCGUUUCUUGUGUAAACGCAGACAUCUACAGACAAUCCAGGCAAGUCUCAGGAGGUAAUGUUCCAGGUGUGUGUCGUUAUGGUCGGAAACUGGAGUGUUGUUACGGCUGGAGGAAAAACGCCAAAGGCCACUGUGAAGCCCAGUGCGAACAUGGCUGCAAACACGGAGAGUGCGUUGGCCCUAACAAAUGCAAAUGCUACCCGGGAUACACAGGAAAAACAUGCAGUCAAGAUCUGAAUGAGUGUGGCCUGAAGCCACGUCCCUGUGAGCACCGUUGCAUGAACACCUUUGGCAGUUAUAUUUGCUACUGUCUGAACGGAUACACGCUCAUGCCUGACGGAUCCUGUGCCAACUCCAGGACGUGUGCCUUGGCCCACUGCCAGUACGGCUGUGAGGAGGUCCAGGGAGAGAUUCGCUGUCUGUGUCCAUCCGCUGGGCUCCAGCUCGGCUCAGACGAACGCACGUGUGAGGACAUCGACGAAUGCGUGACCGGGAAGAAUCUGUGUCCUUAUAACCGACAGUGUGUGAACACCUUCGGAAGCUACUUCUGUAAAUGCCAGAGUGGCUACGAUUUAAAGUAUGUGGAUGGUAAAUACGACUGCGUAGAUAUAAAUGAAUGCAUCGCUAACACACAUAAAUGUAGUCACCAUGCUGAGUGUAUAAAUACGCAAGGCUCCUUCAAGUGCAAAUGCAAGCCAGGCUUCCGGGGUAGUGGAUAUGUCUGCUCAGUCAAGCCCUAUUAUCAAAUCACUGCGGACGGAGACAAAGGCAGUGCAGAUGAGUUCCUCAACGCUAUUCCAGAUGCCCCAAAGAAACCUUGGAUUCUGGGAGGCAAACUUGACAAUGAGCAGAUUAAAAAUGUCAUCCCUGAACCAGAAGUUACCGAAUCCCCCCGAAUUCGCCUUCAGCCUUUCGACUACGACGGAGAAGUCUACAUAGGCAGCCCUGAGGAAGAGACGCUGGUCUUCCCACAGGAGGAGGAAGAGACAGAUAUCCCCGAGGAAACAGAGGAUGAAGACGAAGGAGGUGAGGAAAACGAGGAGAACCAAGUGGAAGAUGAGGAGCUCAAUCCAAGAGGAGACGUCUUCAUUCCUGAGGAAUUUGAGUCUGUGUUUGGUCCACCUACUGAGGUCAAAGAAAUACACAUUGAUCCCGAACAAGAAGAGUUCAUCACAGACUGUAACUUUGACCAGGGUGCGUGUGAGUGGGUGCAAGAUAAGGAAGAUGAUCUGGACUGGAGUGUGUAUUACCAUGACAACGGGGUGGAGUACUACAUGGCUCUGAGCGGUCUGAUAGGGAACAGGAAGGACCUGGCCAGACUGAAGCUUCUGCUUCCAGAGCAGGCACGACACAGCAGCCUCUGUCUGACCUUCAACUACCGUCUCCUGGGGCAGCAGGUGGGCGCACUGCGUGUCCUGCUGGAGAACAGCGCCCAGGCCAUGUGGGAACAAAGACGUAGCCGAAACCAAGACUGGCAGACAGAGCUCAUCUCCAUCACACCAGGAGAGGGAGAGACCCCUGAGGCGAUCGUCUUUGAGGCAGAGCGAGGAAGAGGAGUCGGAGGAGAGAUUGGACUGGAUAACGUGGUGUUGACCUCCGGGCCCUGUCAGGAAGACGAUUCUGUCCUCUUUUAG